UCGAACGUUUCUGUCUCCGCAUUCUGCACCAAGACAUAAGGUCCAACACUCCAACUUUACUCUCUUCCAUUUGUCAGAGAAAGAAACAAUGUCAGACUAUUUCCCAGCUGAAAUUAUCGUCGAAAUCUUCUCACGCCUGCCUGUGAAGUCGCUCAUCAGAUUCAGUUGCGUUUCUAAGACUUAGUGCUCUCUUAUUUCAAGCCAUGACUUCAUCAAAAUGCACCUUAAUCGGUCUCUCUCAUCCACCAAAAACCCACCUUACCUUAUCUUUCGUCAUUACGAUGACAAAAUGGAGAAAGAGUGGUUCACUCUCCUCUCUUCCAAUGACCCAUUCCCUCACAACCAUUUUUCCAAACACCUAGACUGCAAGUGGGUUUUUCGCGAACACAAUCGCCGUGUUCUUGAGAAAGAAAUGAAAAAGAAAGGAUUUUUCGCAUACCCAUCAGAUUUCAAAGAAUUGCACUUCCCAUACAGGAGCUUUAUGAAGCAAAACUUGUACAUUGUUGGUUCAUCCAACGGCCUAGUUUGUCUCUUGAAUGAUACUCCUGAUGACCAAACUGACCUUGUUGCACUUCUCUGGAACCCUUCUAUUCGCAAAUCCAUAUUCCUUCCGUGUCCUGGCGUUAAAUUUUAUCCUAGCCUUCAUCCUAUGCAGUAUAUUGGGUUCGGCUAUGACCCUAUAACUGAUGAUUACAAAUUAGUGAGACUUGUGUAUCUUUAUGAUUUGUUUGAUCAAUAUUCGGACGGAAAAAAAUAUUUUCCUGUGCCUGACUUUCAGAUUUAUACGCUUAGGACCGGUGCUUGGCGCACUAUUACCGGCCAUAGUUGUCAGAAUAUUGCAGACCAGAGCUUUUCAGUGCUUUUGAAUGGGUCGAUCCACUGGUUCGGGCACACUCGAGAGCACAAUGGCGAUUUCCAUAAUGCUAAUAGUGCGUCUCACAAUGUGAUCUUGUCAUUCGAUAUAGGGAAUGAGGAUUUUCAUGAAAUGGCCGUGCCUAAGAGUUUGGAAGAAGUGCAUAGAUUCAAUAUGAAGGUUGCGGUGCUUGAUGGGUUGCUUGCGCUUGUCCCAUAUAGGGAUCAAGCUUUUGGCGGGUUUUGCUCAGUGUGGGUGAUGAAAGAGUAUGGAGUAGCUGAAACUUGGACUAAACUAUUUAAUCUCAAUUUUGGGAAUGUGCUAGGCUUUACAAUGAAUGGUGAAGUUCUAGUAACUAAGUCUGGGAAAUUGCGUAUUUAUGAUCCCAAUAGCCAAAGGACUUUGAAUCCUCACAUCCAUGCCCAACCUGAGUCAUUUUAUUUUGAUACUUAUAUGGAGAGUCUUGUUCUACUGAAUGUGGAAGAUGGAGUAGAGGAAUCUUUAGUUCCUCAGUUUGAAUCUCUUUUCUAUGGUCAUUGACAUCGGCAUUCUGCAGUCUCUCACAUGGGUUUACUGUCUUUCAAAAUUGGGGUAAGAUUUAAGCAAGCAUGAAAAGGGCAUUACUAGCUAGGGAUUGACAUGUUAAUGUGAAGCCUAUAUAUAUAGGGAAGCCAAUAGGUGUGCUGAUUGCUUAACUCCAUUAAGCGGCCAACUUUUGUAGCCUUUUUGUAUCCACUGGCAUUAUCCAUGGUUCUGUAUAUUGACUAUCUUUGGGACACUCAAAGGUUAGCUACUUGUAGGCUUCUUUGAACAGUUUAUUAUGUAUUACUUUUGUACCACCUCUACUUAAUGAUUGUGUCACCCUAUCGGAAUUAUGUCCAAAGCAGAUGUUGUCUUCAGUUGGUGACUUUUCUUUGUCUUGCCUUGAAAAUAUUAUCCAAGAUUGGUUUUCAACUAAAAUUGCUGCUCAACUCGGUUGGAAUUUGGAGUGUGGUGAGAGGCCCUAAUCAACUUAUUGAACUUUCUAUAGAUGUACUAAGCAUAAAAUGGAUCAAGUAUUCAAGUGGGACUUUUAGAUCUACUUUGACUAUAGGCACAACGAUAGACCCCUUUUUACUGGUAAGUUUUAUAAUUUAGACCUAGAAAUGGGGCCAUCAAGCUUGCUAGUGCAUGCAGUAUCUCAACUCUGAUCUCACAUUAUAUAAGCAUAUCCUAACAUGAACUAAUGGAUUCAAGAAUGUGCC